AUGUCAUCGACAGAGCUAAUCCCGGACGAAUGCCUCAGUAAGCUCACUGGAUUCGAUAACUGGCAUACAUGGCACAUCAAAGCCCGCAUGGCUCUGCAGAGAAUGGGUCUGCGGUACCUACUGAGGGACGACGGUCCCGAAGACUGGGACGCCCCCGAUGCCGUCAGCCGUCACGAGUCUGACCAAGCCACCGGUGUGCGACUCCUGGUAGACGGCCUCUCCGAGGACAUGCUGGCGCGCGCGUACGCUAGUGGUUGGAAGCCCGAGCGCGCCACGGUAUCGAGCACGCUACAAACGCUCGAGGCCAUUGUCGAUGAAGCAGAGCGGCACCGGCGUGAGGAUGCAGAGACGACAGCUGCGGCCCGCAGGCAUCUUGUUGGCCUGGCACGCGCAGAUCUCGCCUCUGGCGCUCAGACGGUCAAGGAGUACAUCUUGGCGGCAAAACACUGCCACGACGGGUUGCUCGAACGAUACGGCGGCGACGGCGACGGCGCGGGACCUGUGGAGGAGAUUCUCGAGCAGCUGUUUGUGACGGCGCUAGUCGAGGGCAUCGCGACGAGCAAGCCCGCCUGGUACGCCGAGUGGAUAGAGAAACUAGAGCAGGGUACGCUGGCGCGCGCGGGAACACGGGCUGGCGUGACAGAGUGGCUACUGGCCAAGGAUCGAGACGACAGUAAGCUUGCCGCGCAGCCGCCGCCGAGGAGUCGCGUCGCCGUCGUCGCACCGGCUGCGCAAGGGAGUCAGGCCGCCAGCAGCUCUGAAAUGGUGCACAAAGCUCAAGAAGCUUGCAGCUACUGCGCCGAGCAUCAUCGUAAGGCGUUUCCGCACAAGGAGAGAGAUUGCUGGUUCUUGAAACCGCACACGGCGCCGCGAAGAUGGCGGGACCGUCACCACGCUGAGGUGGAGGCUAGAAAGGAGGAUCACGAUGAAGUGGAGGCUACAAAGGAGGAACACGAGGACAAGGCAAGAGGAAGAGGCCGGGUCGAUGUUCCCGCCACAGGCGUAGGCGUUGUGAUACCUGCGAGUCCAAAAAAUUGGAGGGCGAGCCCUAAAAUGUGA